CUGGGAUUGGCUACAGAGUACUUCCUGUUUCAUAUUUAACCCGUGCUCAGAGAGGAAGAUAUUUCAGCAGACAAUCGAAUGGCAACUUGGUUUCCUACAAGUCUGCUGCUUGUCAUUGCACUUGUAAGCAGAAAUGGCUGUUGCUUUCCUGUUAAAAAAGGCUGGAGCCAGCAUGGUCCUUAUGAAGGCAGUUUCUCUAACAUGGAGGCGCGUCUUGACUUCCAUGAUGGCUCAUCCCAAGGUGCUCCUGCACAGCAUUCUAUUGUGAGUGACCCUGCUGUUUCAUUCCCGUCUGAAUCCAUUGAGAAGGGAGCGGAUUCUAGUCCUGGACGCUAUGCAGCAAGCCUCGGUCCCAUUCCAGUCAUGUCCAGUGACUCUUCAUGGUAUGCUGGUCCUGGUCGGGGUACUGUGCACAAUUCUGCGACUGCCUACACCGCAUCCAGAACAUCUCAGCCCACACCUGACAUUGGCCUUCCUGCCCCCCCCCCUCCACCGUUCUUUCAACCAAGUGAGCUUGACCAAUAUAAAGCAUACUUGGCUCAUGGAAAUUGGGAAAGGGAAACUGAGGAGCUAAGCUAUCCUCAGCUGCCACUUCCUACAUAUCCAGAACUUGGCUUCCAGCCUGCGGAUCUGUAUUCCUCAAUCCUUGAGCAUGGAAAUGAAGAGCGCCAACUGGAAGAACAAGGUUUCAUGCCACAAGGCUUGUCAACUGCUUCCACAUUGCAAGAAGGCCCCAUGCAGCUAGUUCCACAAUAGCUGACACAAGUUGGACCAAGCCAGUACCACAUCUUCUUGACUGGUCGUAUUCCUCCUGGCAAAUGUACUCCCUUGAGUCAAACUAUGAGGAAGGCAGAGACCAAUGGGAUGAAUCUCAAAAUCCAGUAACUCCCAAAUGGCCUGAGGGGCUUCAGGAAUAUAUCCACACUUAGCCGGACUGAACAACUUUGAACAAACUUGUAUGCUCUAAAAUGUAUUUUGAGGUCUUUGCUGUUUGUGUCACUUAAUAAAUCCUAAGUGAAUGAUAAUGUA